AUGAAAAUUUUAGAUAAAGAAAAAUUAGGAACGAUAGCUGGGAUUUCGAACUUACAUGAAUGGACAUGGCCAUCUGACAAAAAUAAUAUGAAAUAUAUACGUGCUAGAGCAAUGCCAAAAAUUG